AUGAUUUUUCUAAUGGACCUCCAGAUGAUGCUGCUGGAUGUGAUUUAUUUCAUCCUGCGCAAUUCUCUGCGGAUCGUCCUCCGUCCACGCACCAAGCCUGUAGAGGGGGAGCUGGUGCUGAUCACAGGAGCAGGAGGUGGCCUGGGGCGUCUCUUUGCACAGGAAUUCACCAAGCACGGGGCCGAGGUGGUGCUAUGGGACAUCAACAGCAGUUCCAAUGAGCAGACAGCCAAGCUGGUGCGUGAGAUGGGGGGGAAAGCACACACCUACACAGUGGACGUGACCAACCCGGAGGACGUGUACCGCAACGCAGACCUGGUACGAAGGGACCUGGGCCGGGACGUUACCAUGCUGGUGAACAAUGCUGGUGUGGUGGCUGGAGCGCGCAUGUUAGACUGUCCUGAUGCACUGAUGGAGAGGACCAUGAAGGUCAACUGCCACGCCCUCUUCUGGACGGUGAAGGCCUUCCUCCCCCAGAUGAAAGCGCAGAAUCACGGACACAUAGUGACCAUCGCCAGCGUCCUGGGUCUCUUCAGCACAGCCUGUGUGGAGGAUUACUGCGCCAGUAAGUUUGCUGCAGUGGGCUUCCAUGAGUCUAUGGCCCAUGAGCUGCUUGCUGAGGAGGUGGAUGGAGUCAAGACUACUCUAGUGUGCCCCUAUAUUGUGGACACAGGCAUGUUUGAAGGCUGCAAGAUCCGGGAGGAGGUGGAGCUGCUCUUGCCACCACUGGAACCCCAGUACUGUGUAGAGCAGGCCAUGAAUGCCAUCCUGAUAGACCAACCUUUAGUGUGCAUCCCACGGCUCACUUACCUGCCUGUCAUAAGCAGAGCACUGUUGCCAUGGGAGUCCAACGUGGUGACUUACAGGUUCAUGGGAUCUGACAAGUGCAUGUAUCCCUUCAUUGAUACCAUGAAGAAUCGAGUGUCCAAUGGCCCCUCUGUGACUGCAUAG